AUGCACCCACAGGCAGACAAUGACACAACGACAGACAUGCACCCACAGGCAGACAAUGACACAACGACAGACAUGGACCCACAGACAGACAAUGACACAGCGCCAAACAUCCACCCACAGGCAGACAAUGACUCAAUGACAGACAUGCACCCACAGGCAGACAAUGACGCAACGACAGACAUGCACCCACAGGCAGACAAUGACACAACGACAGACAUGCACCCACAGGCAGACAAUGACACAACGACAGACAUGCACCCACAGGCAGACAAUGACACAACGACGGACAUGGACCCACAGACAGACAAUGACACAACGCCAAACAUGCACCCACAGGCAGACAAUGACACAAUGGCAGACAUGCACCAACAGGCAGACAAUGAUGCAACGACAGACAUGCACCCACAGGCAGACAAUGAUGCAACGACAGACAUGCACCCACAGGCAGACAAUGAUGCAACGACAGACAUACACCCACAGGCAGACAAUGACACAACGACAGACAUGGACCCACAGACAGACAAUGACACAACGCCAAACAUCCACCCACAGGCAGACAAUGACACAGUGACAGACAUGCACCCACAGGCAGACAAUGAUGCAACGACAGACAUGCACCCACAGGCAGACAAUGAUGCAACGACAGACAUGCACCCACAGGCAGACAAUGAUGCAACGACAGACAUACACCGUUAG